AUGGAGGAAAGCCAGCACUCGGACGGCUCGGAGACGCUCGCCGAGAAGCCGGACAUGUCCGAGCAGCUGGCGAACGAAACCGACGAGGCAGCAACACGUGGUGCUGUCGCUGCGGUGGCUACGGCUCCGGAGACUUCGUCGAGCGUGUCGUCCUCCGUCUCGGCGACAGUGGCAUCCGCCAAGGUGAAGUUGUGCUCGACGGCCCAACCACAACAGCGUCAACAGGAGGCAGAGGUGCCAGUGACGCUGGCUGUUCCGGUGGCCGUAGCCACCAACAUCAACAACCCUACGUUGCAGACCAACUCGCUACCGGUCACUCUGCCGGUUAACUCGAUCAUCACCAAUGGGACGACGCUCAACGUCAUCACCUCGGAACAGCUACAGCAGUUACAAUCAGCAGGUGGUCAGUUCAAGCAAAUGAUAUGCGUUGACAAUGGCUUUAUCUGUGAAUCUCGGUCGGAGGACAAAAAUGAUCCACUGCGCUGGAACAGUGAUAUCAAGACCAUUGUUAUCCAAAAAAGUGAUGACACAGACAUCACACCGGUGCGAAUCACGUCGUCUCCGGCACCGAAUCAGGCAAAUUACAAUUGGACAGAGUCAGCCAACAUGGCAGUUCUGCCAAUUAGGUGUAAAAAUACUAAUGCAGAGUUGCACAAAAGUCGGUUCGGAUCUGGGGGACGUGGACGUUGCAUUAAACUGAAUAAUCAAUGGUACACUCCUAGUGAGUUUGAAGCACUGUGUGGCAGAGCUUCGAGCAAAGACUGGAAGAGAAGUCUCCGUUUCGGAGGACGCAGUCUACAAACUUUGAUCGACGAACAGAUUCUCAGACCACACGCCACUUCUUGUACUUGUGCUGCUUGUUGCGACGAUGACAAUGCUGCUGGACCAAUUCGACUGUUUACUCCAUACAAGAGAAAAAGACGAUCUAGGGAGACUCUGGACCGAGAUCAAAGACGAGCUCGCAGAGAUGACUCUACAAAUGACAGCGACAAUGACGACAGCAGUAACGACGUCUUGGCUGACAAGACUUGGCCACAAUUUGUUAGCUCAGAUGAAAUUGUCAUACAACAUAAUCAGGACAGUGGACCAAUAAUAACGUCUGUGCAAACUAACACGGAGAAAGUGCGUAAAAACAAAAUUAAAAAAUUGGAGGAGGAUCUCAAGGAGAUGAGUAAGAUCCUCACUAGGUGUGUAAAUACACUUGAGGAGCUCAAGGCUGAAGAUAUAAGGGAGUCCAGAAGAGAUCUGAUAUCUCAACUUGGCAGGGGUGAGGUCAUCGCAGCUUCUUUGCAACCUACCACGGAUCCUCACGGUAGAAGAUGCAACAAAUGUGGCAGGGAGGCAUAUGCAGAAUGUUCCAAUUGUCGACGCACACCAUAUUGUUCAACAGACUGUCAACGCGAAGAUUGGACGGAUCACCAGAAUAUUUGUGAAAACCUGGCGUGCGAGAAUGCUACCAACGAACAGCAAAAUCAGACUCAACCUGGACCUGCAUUGAUGCUUAUUGUCGAAAGCAGUGGCAUUGAUACGUCCACUCUUGCAACCAUGCAAAAUGCUAGACCAGAUUAAUAGCAAGUUUUUUUUUCAAAGGUGUUUGUGAAUUAACGGAGUCGUGAAAUUUUUUGAGUAUUAGAAAUGAGUUAAAAUGAAUAAGAUAUAAGUUAGCCAAAUUGUAGCUUUCGUGAAAUUUUUUGAGAUUGCCCAAGACUAAGAAAGAUUUUAGCCUAUACUUUUUUGAGUCAUAUUUCUUUUUUUUUUUAUCAUACUAUUUAAAACUAUUUUAAUAUAUUGUUUCCUAAAUGAAUUGAAAUUAACAGUAUCAAAUUUAUUUUUUGAAAUGCAGCUCAGCUAAUUUCAAAGUUUUUAUAAAUUGUUACAACUAUCUUUCUAAAUGAUAAUCAUUAUUAAUGCCUCAUUUUCUUUGAAACGUGCAAGCAACGUACCUUAACAGAAUUAUGGAUUGUUGUCAUAAACUAUAAGACUGAAUGAUAGUUACAAUAAUCUUGAUGGAAGGUGAUGGUCUGCGGUAUUCAAGUUUGUCAUACUUAAAAUAUAUUUUUGUAAUUUUUUUACUGUGCAUUUAUAUUUGAAUGUAAUUAUACAUCCUUUAUUGAUACAAACAAUGUACUUUUUUCUGACAGCACUGUAUUUCAUUGUUUAAAAAUACUCUUAUGGUUAGUGUUUUACUAAUCAUAUUAACCAAGU